UAAUUAAAGGCUGAGGAAAUUCUAAUUACGAAGAAAUAAUUUUUCCAGAAAAAGGCAGUUUAAAAUUGCAGAAGAAAAGGGUAGAGUGACACUUGUCGAAGAAAUGAGCUGUGAUUCAAGAAAUGAUUCAUGGAGUUUUUCAAACUAAGUUGUUUGUAUAGCGUGAGCAAAUUAAACACACCCUUAGUUUACGGAUUCGAACGCAAAAAGCAAAUUCAACAAAGUUAACGUUGCUCCUCUAAAUAUUUGUUUUUUCCCUCAAAAACAGCAGUGAAACCAAUCUUUAUUCACGUUGAUGGCGUGUCUAAACCCACUUAAUUUAAUCAGCACUAGCUCAGCACCAACCAAACUUCCCUAUAUAGAUAUGAAUACCCUCUAAUUAACCUUCAUGUUAACAAGAUGGUAACUGAGAGAAGCCUAGUUGUGAUUCUCUUGUGUGCCUACAUUGCUUCUUCUUCCAUUGCCGAAGAUCGAGACAUAUAUCUAGUUAUACUCGAAGGCGAGGGCGUUGCAUUCCAUCAACAAACACGCCAUGACCAGAAACAAGCAAAGAAGAAUCAUGCAGAAUUGUUGGUGGAGUCCCACAAUGAGUUUCUCUUGAGCAAUCUGGAUGCCGGCAGCUACGAGAAGCUGUACAGCUACAAACACGUCGUGAGCGGAUUCGCGGUCCACACGAGCCCUUCUCAGGUGGAGAAGUUGAAAGGGGCGCGUGGCGUGAGAGUGGUGGAGAAGGACAAGGGAGCCAAGCUCAUGACAAGCUACAGCCCACAAUAUUUAGGGGUGGAGGAGGUUUGGAGCCAGCAAGGAGGUGAUGCAAAUGCAGGAGAUGGGAUUGUGAUAGGGUUUGUGGAUUCAGGCAUAAAUCCGUCGCACCCAAGUUUUGCUUAUGAUCCCAUGAAGCCAUGGAGUUCCAAUGCUACUAGGUUUUCUGGAGGCUGCGAGGGAGGCCCUUUAUUUCCUACAACUUCUUGCAAUGGGAAGAUCAUUUCAGCCAGGUUUUUUGCAUCGGGCGCUCAAGCUGCGGCCACCCUUAAUCCUUCCAUUGAUAUUAUGUCACCUUAUGAUGCAGUUGGCCAUGGAAGUCAUGUGGCUUCAACUGCUGCGGGAAACCAUGGAGUUCCGGUGGUUGUGGAUGGCUUCUUCUAUGGCCGAGCCAGCGGAAUGGCGCCGCGUGCCAGGGUCGCCAUGUACAAGGCCAUUUAUCCUACAGUUGGAACAAUAGCAGAUGUACUGGCAGCUAUUGAUCAGGCCGUAUUAGACGGAGUAGAUAUCUUGACACUCUCAAUAGGACCCGACGCACCACCAGACGACAGAGUCACGUUCCUAAGCGCCUUCGACAUUUUCAUGCUAUCAGCACGCAAGGCCGGAGUUUUUGUGGCUCAGGCUGUCGGCAACCAAGGCCCCGCUCCUUACUCCGUUGUCUCCUACAGCCCUUGGUCCUUUGGCGUAGCCGCCUGCAACACAGACAGAAGUUAUCCCGGCACUCUCAUCCUUGGAAACGGUCAAAAAAUCAGUGGCAUCGGAUUGUCUGGUCCCAGUUUUGGGAAUGGAUGGCUUCAGUAUAGGUUGGUGCUGGCUAAAGAUGCUAUCAAGGCUAAUGGAGCGUUUCCUAUGACUCCACAGUACUUGGAAGAGUGUCAGAGCCCGGAGGCGUUGGAUCCUACUGUGGUCCUAGGAAGUGUAGUUAUCUGCACAUUUUCAGCUGGUUUCUAUAACGGAACAUCUAACCUAACAGCCAUUAUAGAGACUGCGAGGGUUCUCGGAUUCAUGGGAUUCGUGCUAGUGGCCAACCCCACUUAUGGAGACUUUAUAGCAGAACCUAUCCCCUUCUCUGUUCCUGGGAUCAUGAUCCCUAAAGCUAGUGAUGCACUGAUCAUAUCUCAAUACUACAAACAGCAAACAGAUAGAGAUGCACAAGGAAAGGUUAUAAGAUACAGUGGCAGGGCAGGCAUAAGUGAGGGUAGAAAUGCUUCUUACAUGGAGAGAGCGCCUGUUGUUAGCCGAUUCUCUUCCAGGGGCCCCGAUUACAUUGACCAGAAGAGGAGUCCUGCUGACGUGCUAAAGCCUGAUAUUUUAGCUCCGGGCCACCAAAUUUGGGCUGCCUGGAGCCCCAUGAGUAUUUUGAACCCCAUCCUAUCAGGUCACAAUUUUGCACUGAUAUCUGGAACGAGUAUGGCAACCCCUCAUAUAGCAGGCAUAGCUGCACUCAUCAAGCAAAAUCACCCUACGUGGACUCCAUCAAUGAUUGCUUCAGCCAUGUCAACCACAGCUACCAAGCAUGACAACCGCGGUGAUCCCAUAAUGGCUGAAGGUUUUGCUGCCAACACAUUGUACCCAGCCGCGCCGUUUGGUUUUGGGGCUGGCCUUGUUGAUCCUACUCGAGCCUUGGACCCUGGACUUGUGUUUUCUACUGGUUAUGAAGAUUACCUCACUUUUUUGUGCUCUCUUCCGAAUACUGAUCAAGAGAAAAUCAGAAUUGCCACUGGAGGAAUAUGUGCUGGCUCUUUCAGCAACCCAUCCGACCUGAACCAACCUUCAUUGACAAUAACUGCCCUUUCUGGAACACGAGUAACACACAGAAUAGUGAAGAACGUAGCGAGCAAACCAGAGACAUACCUGUGCGCGGUGCUGCCACCCAAGGGAGUGUCAGUCAGUGUGGAUCCACCCUGGUUCAACAUAGCUCCUGAAGCAACACAAAUCUUGGAAAUCAGACUUGUUGUAACACAGGUUCUCAACGACUUCAGCUUUGGCGAAAUUGUUCUGACAGGGAGUUUGAAUCACAUUAUAAGGAUGCCCUUGUCAGUCUUACCCAUUUCAGUCUAAGACAGAAACGAGCUUCUCCAUCAACAUCCGGAAGUAAACAGUGACAAAAAUCACAACCGAAACA